AUGUCUUCACGAUUUCCAUUGUUCAAAUCCGAACUCUCCUUUACUCGUUUUCCCGAUCGUAAAAUUAUUAAUUGGUUUCCGGGGCACAUGGCAAAGGCUACAAAACAAAUUAAAGAGAAAUUGAAAUUUAUUGAUUUUGUAAUUGAAGUGAGAGACGCACGAGUUCCGAUAUCAUCCUACAAUAAGACCAUUAAUGAAAUAUUUUCUCACAAGAAGAGAUUAAUUUUGUUUAACAAGUGCGAUUUAAUUUCAAAAAGUGCACAAGAGAAAAUUGAAAAAUAUUUUGCAGACAAUGGUUCAAUCAUGGAAGGGCCACAAGUUUUAGGAACCUUGUUCACGAGCGCAAAACAAGGAAUUAAUGUCAAAAAGAUUGUUGAUUUGUGUUUACACAAUAAGAGUGUAGAAAUUGCUCCAAAGAAGUUUAAAACAAUUCCUUUUACUUUUUUAAUUGCAGGAAUUCCCAAUGUUGGCAAGUCCAGUAUCAUUAACAAAUUAAUUGAGAAAAAAAAGGCAAAAGAAGGAGCAUUACCUGGUGUAACCAGAGGUAUGGGGUUUUUCCCUAUGAAAACUAAAGAGAAUUGCUUGUUAUUGGAUACUCCUGGAAUAUUUCAACCAGAUAUUGAGAGCAACGAACAAGGAUUCAAAUUGGCUUUGAUAAAUGCAAUUCCAGAUCACUUGUUUGGUGGCGACAAUAGCGCGGGAGGUACAGCCAUAGACCUCAUACCAUUAAUUGAUUAUAUGCUGUACCAGAUGAAUAGGAAUGAUUGCUUUGAAUAUGUUGAAAUUUUUGACAUGAAAGGACCCACAAAGAGUGUGGAGGAGUUGUUGUUGGCCGUGUGUGAAAAAUGGAAAAUGUAUUCAGCAGGUGGAGAGCCUGAUUGGAACAAGGCUCUUUCGCAUCUCUUGCUUUGGUUCAGAAGUGGAAAGUUAGGUCAAAUUGUGCUUGACACGGAUGUGAUAUGUGGCAAUUUAGCUCCACCAUCAUCUUCAAUUGUAACAACUACUGACACGUAG